AUGAGCUUUUGCUUCGUCCGUGCCUCAUCAGCAGCACUCUUCGUACUUUCUGCCUUACUCUGUACUGUAGGCGUAUCGGCGACGCUCGGGGCCGAGAUGGAGCUGUUCGCAGUUCCCAGCCGCAUAAGGUUCUCCAAACCACUGGUGGGCACGUCGGGGCCCUCGGGGAGGUACGGAGGGGCGCUGAUCCCUGUUGGCGAGGAAUCGUUCUACCUUAUCGGUGGGUGUACUAUUCGUGGUGAUGGUACUAAGGAGCUCCAUAACGAUAUGUGGCAAUUGAAUCUAGGGCCGGAGAACUCGGUCGAGUGGGUGGAGCUGGAGGCCUCGGCCCCUUGGGCCCCUCGAAUGCUACAUGCCGUAGCUCAGCUGGAUGAUGGGUCCUUGCUAUUGAGCGGUGGAGAGACCCAAGAGGGCCUCGCUAGUGAUGUGUGGCAGUACUCCCCUGAGAUGAAUCAGUGGAGCUUGGUGAUCGACUCGGCGCCCUGGAAGGGUAGGGCUGGCCAUGUGAUGGCAGUAGCAGAAGACUAUGUGUAUUUGAGCGGAGGCUUUGUGAACCAACGGACGGAGGGCAACUGUGAUUUAUGGCGUGCUAGUCUGUAUUCAUUGGAGAGGUGGAAAAUGAUAAGUUCAUAUUCGGCGGCCAAGACCUGCCCGGUCCUGUCUGGGUACGCGGUGCCCCCUAGGGUAGCUGCUUCUCAGACGAUAUCCAUGUUCGGUGGUAGGAGUGUUAGGAUGGUGGACUCCCAAGUGACUUUUCACAAUUCCGAGUGGUCGGUGACUCCCUCCGAUAUGAGCUUCUCUGGCUGGCGCAUGGUACGGGGAAAGGCUCGUUGGGAGCCUAGGUUCGCCCCAGGGGUAGCUGCCAAUGGGGACACAGUAGUACUGGUCGGUGGGCAGGUGUGUAAGACAGCCUCUGCCUCCCAAAAGGGCUGCGAGUCGGAGCCCCUUGCUGAUGUCUGGGUACGCAUGAAGGGCCUAGAGUGGAUACCCGCUCCUGAGGACCUUCCGAAACCGGUGGCCUUCCCUGCUGUAGCGACGUUGACAAAUAAGAUCGUGGUUUUUGGUGGUAGAGGAAAAGAUGGUACGAGUGACGACAUGUACAUCACCUGUGAUUACGGUUAUCAAGUCGACCCCUCCGGUUGGGAUUGUCAACUUUGCCCUAAUGGGACUCUUCCAGGGAGGUACGGCGUGUGUCUGGAAGAAAAAGAAAUGCGACGUACUCCGCGGGAAAUCGCGGAGACGGACAUGCGGCGUCGCCUGCACGAGCGGGCAAGUCAGAAAACUAGAGCGGAUAAGAUCAAUGAUUUCAUCGUCGUAGUGUUGCUCAUCUGCUUUUUCAUAUGUGGAAUAUAUCUGAGUUCACGGAAGAUGACGUGGAAACAAGAGCAAGCACGGUUGAAGGAAGAGGAGGAGAAAAGAAUUGAAGAGGAAAAGGAAAAUGCCAAAAAGAAGCUCAGCAGCGGCAAGAAGAAACAGAAAGAUGAGCCCGAACCUAUAACCGAUGGGGAAGUAGAGACCCCAGAGGGCGGCGAGGAGUUAUCGGAGUUGCCUAAGGUGGAGGAGCCUGAUGAGAAGGAGCAAGAGUUGCGUCAUAGGUGUCUGGAAACUGCGAUGAAAACUCUCAAGGAGGUCAUCGUCGUCCUACUCCACCUGUCAACGGUUGGUGGCCAUCGAAAGGGAUGCUUCGUGAAGUCGCCCUAUAGGGACUCUCUCAUCCUAUCCCCGACUCCAACAGAGUUGCUAUCUAGCGGGCAAGUCGGUGCCUUACCACAUUCCGUCGACUGGAGAUACACCACAGUUCGCACGCCUGAGGGGCCCCGCAGGGUCAACUUGGCGUCGGCCGCUAGGAACCAGCAUAUACCGAACUACUGCGGGGCCUGCUGGAGUUUCGCGGCAGUGAGCUCGUUAUCCGACAGAAUAAAUAUCAUGACUGGCGUUACUAAACAGACUAAUCUCGCGAUGCAAGUGGUUCUCAACUGCGAUGAGUAUGAUAACGGGUGCCACGGUGGAGAUCCUAUAACAGCGUUUAAAUUCAUCAAAGAGGCUGGUGGCAUUCCAGACGAGACCUGCCAGGGGUUCGCGGCGGAGGGCCGAGACACUGGACGCUCCUGUGAAGCAAUGGAUGUUUGUCGCGACUGCAACUUCAAUGGCUGCUUUCCGAGGAAACAAUACCCGGUGUGGGAGAUAGAUGAAUACGGCGAAGUGAAUGGAACUGAAGCGAUGAUGGCAGAGAUAGCUGAUCGUGGGCCUAUAGCUUGCUCGAUAGCAGUACGUCGAGUGGCGUUGGUUUGUGGACAGUAUGCAGUAGCAGGAGCGACUGAACCGGAGCACGAGAUUGCGGUGGUUGGAUACGGAACGACGCCGGAGGGAAUACCGUAUUGGAUAGGAAGGAACUCAUGGGGACACUACUGGGGCCACAACGGCUUCUUCAGAAUCGUACGUGGAAAGAACAACUUGGGCAUUGAAGGAGACUGUGCUUGGGCAGUUCCGGCGAAUGGAGGGAAGCCCAGGAGGGUGCAAUUGGAAGGCGCUUCCUCGUCCCCCCCUAUGUGGAAAAUCGGCGCCCCGGCCUCUCGAGCUGGAUGCCGUCGGCGUGCUAGACUCCAACGGCCUUCCAGAAGCCGUCGUGGAGUUCUGCCUCAUGUGGCUAGCAUUACUGAAGUCCCCCUUGCGCUGGAUUGGAGGAACGUCAGUGGUGUUACCAGCUACAAGAGUUGGGAUAAAAACCAGCAUAUACCGCAAUACUGUGGUUCUUGCUGGGCCCAGGCGGUGACUUCAAUGCUAUCAGAUAGGAUCAGCAUACAGCGGAACGGGACGUGGCCGCCGAUCAACUUGGCCCCUCAGGUUCUUAUCAACUGUGAAUAUGGUGGCGACUGUGAAGGAGGAAAUCCUGAGGAAGCACUCUCUGACAUUCACGACCAUGGAUUGCCCGAUCAAACCUGCCAGGCGUAUCUGGCUGAAGACGUGGGAAAGUGUGACGCAAUGCAUCGUUGUGAGGAGUGCUUUGUAUCAUCUGAGUGGAUGAUUUGUAUAUUUGGAAGAUACAACAAGUGGUACGUUAGCGACUUCGGCUCAGUGAGCGGCGUUGAAGAUAUGAAGAAGGAAAUUUUCACGAACGGUCCGAUCUCAUGUGGAGUUUUCGCCACGGAAAGGUUCGAGGCAUAUACGGGAGGGGUAUAUGAGGAAGAGGUCAGCACGGUGGGGACCAAUCACGAGAUAUCAGUCGCUGGCUGGGGUGUCUCCGAGGACGGCAUUGAGUAUUGGAUAGGCCGCAAUAGUUGGGGGACGUAUUGGGGGGAGGAUGGAUGGUUCAGGAUGAAGAUGGAUGAGAAUAACCUCAACAUAGAGACGGAUUGCUAUUGGGGUAUUCCUACUGAUCGAAAACCUUAUGUGAAGUCCAUGGAAGUGGAAGUCGCUCUUUAA